AUGCUACACUCGGCUAUGGUGAGCAAACCGGUGUAUGAGAGCACCAGAGGAGGGGAGAAGGGACUCUCCUUCCGCCACGUCGUGCUCAAGGGCCUGGCGGACGAUGGUGGCCUGUUCGUUCCCUCGCACCUGCCGCGGGUCGACCAGCAGCAGCUCGACAGGUGGCGCACGCUUCCCUACACUGGACUGGCCUUCGAAAUCCUGUCCCUCUUCAUCGAUGAAGAGGACAUACCCCCGACCAAGCUGCGGGAGAUUAUCCAAAGGAGCUACUCCUCGUUCUUCAUCGACGACGUGCUCCGCGUCGAGCCAUGCUACAUGGGCGAGGCGAGGGAGCAGCAGAUCAACGUGUGCGAGCUCUUCCAUGGCCCCACCUUCUCCUUCAAGGACUUUGCUCUCCAGUUCCUUGGCCACGUCUUCGAGUACCUCCUCAACACCAACGCCCUCAGGAAGCAGCAGCAGCAGCACCCUGCCACAGGCGAGAAGGAGGACGAGGAAGAUCCUGCCAGCGUCACCCGCAUCACCGUGCUGGGCGCCACCUCUGCCUUGGCCGGCCUGCGUGGUAAGAAGAACGUCGAAGUGUUCGUGCUGCACCCCCAUGGCCGCGUGAGCCACAUCCAGGAGAAGCAGAUGACCACCAUCACGGAUCCCAACGUGCACAACAUUUCUGUCGAGGGCACUUUUGACGACUGCCAGAAGCUGGUCAAGGACACCUUUGCCGAUCUGGCCUUCAAGCGGAAGCACAACUUGGCCGCCAUCAACAGCAUCAACUGGGCGCGCAUCCUCGCCCAGACCGUCUACUACUUCUACAGCUACUUCCAGGUUACUUCGCCGGCACAGCAGAAGGCGGGCGCCAAGGUGGUGUUCUCUGUGCCCACGGGCAACUUUGGAAAUGUGCUCGCCGGAUUCUACGCCAAGCAGAUGGGCUUGCCGGUGCACCACUUCAUCGUGGCCACCAACCAGAACGACAUUCUGCAUCGCUUCUUCGCCUCGGGUAAGUACGAAAAGAAGAUCGUCAUGCCCAGCUUCAGUCCUUCCAUGGACAUCCAAGUAUCCAGCAACUUUGAGAGAUUCUUCUACGAGAUCGCCAACCGAGACUCGGCCAAGGUGACCGAGUGGAUGAACAAAUUCAACGAGACCGGCGUGUUGGACAUUCCCCAGGACAUCCACGCCAAGGCCUGCUCCUUCAUGGCCUCCUACGCUGUUUCGGAGGACCAAACCCUGGCCACGGUCAAGAGGUACAAGGAGGACUCCAACUACAUCCUGUGCCCGCACUCGGCCAUUGGGGUGUAUGCGCUCGAGCAGAAGUGGAAGGAGCUCUCCGCCAACGUAUCCUAUCCGGUCGUCUUCGCCUCGCUGGCCACGGCGAGCCCUGCCAAGUUUGCGGAUGCCCAGCAGAAGGCCCUCGGCUACGUUUUGCCCCUGCCUCAGGAACUGGAGAGGAUCAUGAACCUCCCCUCGCGCUGCCAGAAGAUCGAGGACGGCAUGGUGGCUCUGAAGGCGAUUAUGGAGGAGGCCAGCAAGAGCGCGUGCCAGAGCCAGAGCGGCGAGAGCCGUUUGGUGGGGAAGCGCAUCAGGAGCCGCGUGCCGGGCUCCUGCGCCAACCUGGGCAGCGGAUUCGACGUGUUUGGCAUCGCAGUGGGCCUCUAUCUCACCACCGAAAUCGUCGUUACCGAGCGCAGGGUACUCGCCUCUCUUAUCGGUCGUGCGAGUUCAUGUCACAACCACCUGGCUGAUGCCUUCCCGGUGAUGAUGGCUGAUGCCUUCCCGGUGCCCCGGGCCUGCAGGAAGGUGAGCCCAGCGUGA